AUGGAUCCAAUGGCACUAGUGACGCAAUAUAAUUUAUUGCAAAACGGUCCUCCGGAAGAAUCAAAACUUGCUACUUAUAUGAAACGCCAAAAUAAUGCAUCACCUCAAUCAUCAUUGUAUUCAGCAUUAUCAAAAAAUUAUUCUAAUUUAGAUAUAAACCAGUCACCCGUAUCAAUGAAAAAGGCAUCUAUACCAACUGUCGAUUUCGUACCUAGAAAUCUAGUUAGUUCGUUAAAUAAUCCUGAUGGUUCCUCAAUGUACGCUAAAGACAAAUCUCAGCCAAUACAAGCAUAUCAGAAAAAUGUCAAUGGUACAACAUAUUUCUAUCCUCCAGACACUAAUGGCAGUAACCAACCAAAUGGUAACAUUUUUGAUGAUCCGUCUGGAUACUUACCAAUGCCAUCUGUUGAAUCACCAACAUCUUCAUUAUAUGCCCAAGAUGACUUAAGAAGAGAUUUGUUGCAUAGAAAUGCCUUAUCAAUGGCCUCACCAGACUCGGACCGAUGGCCAGAUUUACCAGAAACUAUUGAAGAUUAUCAUGAUGUUUAUCCACUAGAUAUAUAUGGACAUUCUUCUAAAAUAUUGACUUAUAGUACAUCCACUUAUCGAGCAACUUAUUCAAAGACUGGAGAGAAAUGUUGCUUGAAACGAAUUCAUGGUUUUCGACUAACAAUUACAAAAUAUGCUCCGUUAAUUGAAGCUUGGAAAAAAAUCAAUCAUGCAAAUAUUGUUCAGUUAAAGGAUGUAUUUAUAACAAAAGCUUUUAAUGAUACUUCUUUAAUGUUUAUUUUUAAUUAUCAUCCGGAUUCUGAAUCUUUACAAACACGACAUUUCAAUUCUAAUGAAACAAUGAAUGGUUAUAAUGAUCCAUUUAGUUCUGAUCCAAAUGCACCACGACCUUACAGCCACACUAAAAAUGCAAUUUUACGACAUCAGCAUAGUAAUGGACUAUUAUCUGAAAAUACACUAUGGAAUUACGCGAUUCAACUGAGUAGUGCACUCCGAGUAAUACAUGGAUCUGGAUUGGCAUUACGGGGUCUUUGUCUAAAUAGAGUUUUAGUGACCGGUCAUGUAAAUAACAGAGCAAGACUACGAAUCAAUUGUGUAGCUAUAACAGAUAUUUUAUUAAAUGAUAUGGCCAGUUCAAACAUGAUUGGUCAUUUUCAACAAGAAGAUUUAACAGACUUUGGUAAGCUUUUAUUAGCGCUGGCUUGUCGAUCUCUGAUAGCUGUUCAUCAAGAUAAUCUUGCUACUUCUAUUGAUUUAAUGGCACGCUCAUACAGUAGUGAUAUUCGUAAUAUAAUAAGGUAUUUACUGAGUACUCAAAGACGGCACAUUACAGAGUUAAUGCCAAUGAUAGGAGCCAGAUUUUAUACGCAAUUGGAUGCUGCGCAGAAUCACUCCGACAAUUUGGAAAAUGAGCUAUCAAAAGAAAUGGAAAACGGCCGUUUAUUUAGAUUGCUUGUGAAACUUGGAUCAAUUAACGAACGUCCCGAGUUUAAUUUAGAUCCAGCAUGGUCAGAAACUGGUGAUCGAUAUAUGUUAAAAUUGUUUAGGGACUAUCUAUUUCAUCAAGUGACUGAAGAAGGACGUCCUUGGCUGGAUAUGUCACACAUAGUUCAAACUUUAAAUAAACUCGAUUCUGGAUCUUCAGAUACUAUUUGUUUGUAUUCACGCGAUGAAAAAACCAUAUUAGUGGUUAGCUAUCAAGAAUUAAAACAUUGUUUAGAACAGUCAUAUUGUGAAAUUGCCUCCGUGGCUGCGUCCGAUGAUCAUAUUAAGGCUGAAUAA